AUGGUGCUUCUUCUCUUCACCGUGCUGAUCUCCUCGCUCGUCUCAGCUGCGACGGUAGCAUCCCCUCCGCCAUCCGGAGUGUGGCCCCCGUAUCUGUCGUCUGCGCCUGCGUGGCGCACGAGGGAAGAGAGCGCCGUAUCCUCCGACUCUGGCGAGUCCCUCCGUCUUCCGUAUUUCCCGGAGGACGAAGAGGAAACCCUCCCGGUAGCCUCUUCGUUUUCUCCGUCUCUCCUUCGGGCUCAGCGCUCGCAGCUCGUGGGUGCGUCUCUCGAGAGAACACCCCUCUUUCGUCGUGCGCCCGAAGUUCAAGAUGAGGGCCCUGGCGUUAGCUGGCUGGGUCUGACCGAAGACAAGAGCGACGCAAGCGGCGGCGAGGGGGAGGACAAAGAGGGGGAAUCCGAGAGGGGAGAAAGUGAAGAGGAGAAGUCGUCCGUCAGUGAGAGCGGCAACAACGAAGAGAAGUCCGAGUCGAAAGACUCAGAGACAGGUGCCGACGAACCGGCGAACAAAUCUGAACAGGGAGACAAAACACACCAGGCAGAAGGACCAGGCCAGGAGUCUGGGGACGGCGAAGACUCUGGACAGCCGCAAGUGACCGCAGAAUCUGAGCACCCAGGAACAAAAACGAGCGAGUCAGAAGGCGAGAACACCUCGAUCAGAGACGACGAGAAAAUAUCCUCUCAGUCUGCGUCUGAACCUGCCAGCGCGUCGGAAGGGACGACAAGGGCAGUGUCGCACGAAGAACCGAACGAGAGUGCAACAGGAGCUGAGAAUCAGGGCGUGGCCGCAUCUGCCACGCCCCAGGCAGAGGGCGAGGAGGCACAGGGGAGCGAGGGAAGCGAGGAAAGCAGUCCCAGUUCAUCCUCGCCGCACGUGGAGGCGCCGGCGCAUGCAGGUGCUGAUGCCCAACACACAGCCUCUGGAGAAACAGAGGAAAAAGAAGAUGCAAGCAACACCAGCCCUUCGAAGGAUAGCGAAACGCCCAACGACGGCCACGAAGCGAAGAACCCCGCGGAGGAAAACGCGCAAGCACAGGCUCCAGAACAGACUGAGGGACAGGGGGAGCAAGAACAUGAGUCACAACCCGCAGAAGGACAGACGCAAGAACAUGAAGCGCAACCUACAGAAGGACAGGCGCAAGAACAUGAAGCUCAGCCCACAGAAGGACAGGCGCAAGAACAUGAAGCGCAACCUACAGAAGGACAGGCGCAAGAACAUACUCCAGAACAGACCGAGGGGCAGGAGGAGCAUGAACAUGAGUCGCAACCCGCUGAAGGACAGACGCAAGAACAUGAAGCGCAACCUACAGAAGGACAGGCGCAAGAACAUGAAGCUCAGCCCACAGAAGGACAGGCGCAAGAACAUGAAGCGCAACCUACAGAAGGACAGGCGCAAGAACAUACUCCAGAACAGACCGAGGGACAGGAGGAGCAUGAACAUGAGUCACAACCCGCAGAAGGACAGACGCAAGAACAUGAAGCGCAACCUACAGAAGGACAGGCGCAAGAACAUGAAGCUCAGCCCACAGAAGGACAGGCGCAAGAACAUGAAGCGCAACCUACAGAAGGACAGGCGCAAGAACUUGAAGCGCAACCUACAGAAGAACAGGCGCAAGAACAUGAGGCGCAGCCUACAGAAGGACAGGCGCAAGAACAUACUCCAGAACAGACCGAGGGGCAGGAGGAGCAUGAACAUGAGUCGCAAUCCGCUGAAGGACAGGCGCAAGAACAUGAAGCUCAGCCCACAGAAGGACAGGCGCAAGAACAUGAAGCGCAACCUACAGAAGGACAGGCGCAAGAACUUGAGGCGCAGCCUACAGAAGGACAGGCGCAAGAACAUACUCCAGAACAGACCGAGGGACAGGAGGAGCAUGAACAUGAGUCACAACCCGCAGAAGGACAGACGCAAGAACAUGAAGCGCAACCUACAGAAGGACAGGCGCAAGAACAUGAAGCUCAGCCCACAGAAGGACAGGCGCAAGAACAUGAAGCGCAACCUACAGAAGGACAGGCGCAAGAACUUGAAGCGCAACCUACAGAAGAACAGGCGCAAGAACAUGAGGCGCAGCCUACAGAAGGACAGGCGCAAGAACAUACUCCAGAACAGACCGAGGGGCAGGAGGAGCAUGAACAUGAGUCGCAAUCCGCUGAAGGACAGGCGCAAGAACAUGAAGCUCAGCCCACAGAAGGACAGGCGCAAGAACAUGAAGCGCAACCUACAGAAGGACAGGCGCAAGAACUUGAGGCGCAGCCUACAGAAGGACAGGCGCAAGAACAUACUCCAGAACAGACCGAGGGGCAGGAGGAGCAUGAACAUGAGUCGCAACCCGCUGAAGGACAGGCGCAAGAACAUACUCCAGAACAGACCGAGGGACAGGAGGAGCAUGAACAUGAGUCACAACCCGCAGAAGGACAGACGCAAGAACAUGAAGCGCAACCUACAGAAGGACAGGCGCAAGAACAUACUCCAGAACAGACCGAGGGGCAGGAGGAGCAUGAACAUGAGUCGCAACCCGCAGAAGGACAGACGCAAGAACAUGAAGCGCAACCUACAGAAGGACAGGCGCAAGAACAUACUCCAGAACAGACCGAGGGACAGGGGGAGCAAGAACAUGAAGCGCAACCUACAGAAGGACAGGCGCAAGAACCGGGGAUGGAGGACACUGCGGAGGCACACGAGGCUCCACAGCCCGAGAGUUCAUCGGAAGAACAAGAGUCGCCAGCUGCAGGAGUUGGAGAGGAGACGCAGCCGCAAGGACAGAGUGGACAAGAACAGGCCAAGCCGGCUGAGGAGACACCAGAAGUCUCGGAAACCCCCUCAGGCGAACAGGGCUCUGUCCCUGAGGCGGAGACUCCAGAAAAGCAGGGAACCGAAAACGGUGCAGUCGCUCCAGAAGCUGAGUCGGCUUCAGCUUCCACUGGCGUCGACAUUGAAAACGCAACUUCGACAGAACCAGCAGAAUCUGCAGCGGCGGCGCCUGUUGAGCUCUCUGCUCCCGCCGCUGAGGAGCAGACCGCGGGAGGCGAGGCGAGGGAGUCUCAGUCUUCUGAGGGUCAGCUGGAAGCUCUUGCGGCUGAAGCGGCGCCGACUGCCGCUUCGCCAGCCGAAGCAGAGACUCCCGGGGCCCAGUCGAGUGGAGCGGCGGGGCUUGAGCCUGCAGGUCAAGAGCAGGAGGCGGCGACAGGCGCAGAAGACGUUCGGGAUGGGUGCUACGCCACGCGGAGACAGGAGGUUGAGCAGCAGGCGAAUGAAUUGCUCAAAGUCUGCGAGAGAAACGAGAAUUUCACCAAGGUCGAUCAACGGUUCUGCGAUGAACUUUUCAAGAGGAUCGACGGUCCGUUCACGGUUGCGGAGGUGUCUGCGAUGCUCCGAGCUGCCGACGCAGCUAACAACAUUAGCCGCAAUUUCCGAUUUUGCCGAGCAACUCCGACAAGCAGUCCUCCGAGAGUGCGAGACGGAGACACCGUAGUCCACGCUGCGAUUGCUGCGUCGAAGCCUCGCGUCGUCGAGAUUCUGCUUCAGUACGGAGCGUUCCCGAACGUAGAAGCCUUCCCGAGUUCUCCAGAGGCAGCUGCGAGAACGGGUAUGCGUCCUCUCCACUACGUUGCACGGUACCCAACCCUGGAAAAUUACGAAUCUCUUUUUCUUCUUCUGAACUACGGAACUUCUGUCAACGAUCGAGACGUGGGAGGCCGGACCCCGCUGAUGAUCGCCGCGCGUUCCUCGCAUCCACACUCAAAGCUCUUUGCCAAAGCUCUGAUCGAGCGCCAUGCGGAUGUCAACGCACGAGAUAAAGCCGGUCUCUCCGCCCUGCACUACGCAGCAGCCGCGAAUUCGCACAAGCUGGUCAAGCUUCUUAUCAACCGAGGAGCGAAUGUGACGGCUCAGGACAUGCGCGGGAACACGCCUCUCCAUUACGCCGCAGCGUUCAACGCGGCCAAGUCCAUGAACGCCUUGUUCACUCUUGCAGACAAUGUCAUCAAAAUUGACGCGCCGAACAAAAAUGGAAAGGCUCCUAUCCAUUUGGCUGCCGCGCCCUCGUCUUUCGCCGUCGUCCCGGCCACGAUCGUCCCAGCUCUCGCGCUCGAAUUGCUUCUCGAGAACCAUGCAGAUCCUGUGGCACGAGACGCCCAUGGAAACACGCCGCUCAUGGACGCAGUCUUGGGCGGCUAUCUCGAAAUCGUCAAGCGCCUUCUGCAGAUUGCCAAGGUUCCUCUGGACGACAAAAACAUGGAUAACAACACUGCUCUCGAUCUCGCUCGACAAGCAGCGGAACAAACUGGCGACGACGUCCUCACUUACCUCACUUCUGUCAGCGACAAACCCACCUGUCCUUUCAUUCCGCGCGUCGCGAACUCGAUAUACGUCUUGUCAGACACACAGUUCGGCUCUCUCAUGCGCGUGGGAGACACAGUCACGUACGAGUGCCAUGUCGGCUUCCGCAUGCUCGGGCAUUCUACCAUCACCUGCAUGACUCGAGACGGCGCUCCAGAGUUCGUCCCAGAUCCUCCUGUCUGUACACCGGUGGAGCAAGGUGCUGCCUCUUCUCUGUUUUCGGCUCCUGUCGGACUUGCUACUGCUGUGCUACUCUGUCUCGCUCCCGUUCUUCUAAUUGAAUUUUAA